AUGUUAGAAAUGAGCCUGCAAGGGAGGCGGCGGCUAGGCGGCCUGCAGGGAGCAGCCGAGAGCCGGCCGGGCGCGCAGAGCCCGAGCCCCAGCCAGAGCGGGGCGGGGGAGGGAGGAGCCAAGAGCGGCCGCCGCCUCUGCCGGAGGAGCCGCGGGGCCGCCACACUCGCCCCCCGCCCCCCCGCGCUCACUCGCACUCACACCCGGGCGCAGGAGGCGGGCGGCCCGGGCCCCACCGGCCCCCCAUGGACGCCCCCGGCACGGGGCGCUGAGACCCCCGCGUCGCUGCCCAGCCCGGUCCAGCGCGCCACGCCGAGGGACCUCCGGACAGGACAAGAUUCCGAAGCUACUCCCCCAGCCCAGGACCCCCCCCACAGACCCGGCUUUCCCCCCAACCCCACUGCCUGCCACUCCCUGGCCCCUCUCACCGCCCGCCCCCCUUGGGGCGCAGGGCAUGGUGUGAAAGGCCAAGUGCUGAGGCGGGCACCAUGGGUGCUGGGCCCUAGGGCCUGGGUGGCGGGGGGUGGGUGGCCUGUGGGCGUGCCGGGGGGGCCAGCGUGCCCACCCCAGUCUCUUGGCGUGCUGGAGGGCAUCCUGGAUGGAAUUAAAGUGAAUGGAACAGAAGCCAAGCAAGGUGGAGUGUGGGUCAGACCCAGAGGAGAACAGGUAAUGGGUCUGGCAACUAGGUCGUGCCAACUCCUAGGCAACAGGAAGGGUCACCUGGCUGGGCCCGAGAGAGUGGAGCUUGGGCCUUUUAAGCACCUCUGGGGGGAUGGGCAUGAUGCCAGCAAGCCUGCUGCCUACCUUUGCUCAGGAGAUGAGGUCCUGUUCCCAUGCGGCAGGGAAUUAGGCACCUCAAUGGAAAGAUGCCCAUUUUGA